UUCAAUUAUUUACAGAUAAAAUUACAUCCAAUGUCAGCAAUUAUGGGAACGCAAAACUUUCAAGGUAUACCAGAACCAGGUGUUCAUAGCCAUCAUCCUUUAAUGGUUGCUGCUUGGUCACAAACUACCAGCGAUGAUUUCUCGUAUUUAAAUGAAAUUAAAAACCGAGAAAAACAAACCCAAAAAGAAAGAGAAUUAGAAGAGAAAGUAAGAAUACUUGAGGAAAAUCUAAAGGCUCACAGAGAACUGCUGACACAAAUACAUGCCACCUCUGCCAGAACAACGGCGUUAUUGUCACAUCAACAGUCAUCAACAACUCAACUAUAUAAUAGUAAUCUUAGUAGCAAUAAUUCGAACAGCAGCACUGCAAAUAGGGCAGCAUCAAACUUGAGUCCCAAAAUUGUUAAUUCCAUAAAUUCCAUACAACAAAUGAGCUGUUCUCCUACCGAUAGUGUUAAAUAUACAAUAAUUGCUGAAGGAACAGGAAAUAAUAAAAAUAAACCUAUAGAAAUACAAUUGGCCGAGGAUGACGGAGCUUUAAAUUUAAAUAGUUCAGCUGAUUCAGGACGUUUAGAAAUUUGUUUGGCUCCGGAAGAUAGCAUAGAGAUUAAAUCAGAAUGUAAUAAUGGAAGUAAUAUCAUAUCCAUGCAGCAUCAAAUGGAUACACCCACUUUGGACACAGCUCCUAGUGAACAUAAUUUGAUAAAAAGGCGUAAACUGGCGGCAGAGUCACUUAGCACAACAACGAAAUUAAGGACUUACAACUAUAUGCCACCUAAACUACCCGUACAAAAACGCCACAGUAGCGGUAAUCGUUUACCUAAGACGCCUAAAAUACAAAUUAUUAAAAAUUUACCAAAUACUCCAAUGCAAAACGUUACUUCCACACCCAAAAACCAAAACAAUAUGUCAUCGAACACUUCAGGUGGUGAUGGAAGUCUCAUUACGAUUGAUACGGACAAUAUAAUGGUGUCCAUUGGACCCAAUAACACCCGUAUACCGGCAAAACUCUAUGAAAACAUGAAUUGGUCAUCGGCCUCGAUUGCAACAAGAAAACUUUUAAUGGCCAUAUUUGAUCGCAACGUUUUGGCUACACAUUCAAUGACGGGCAAACCUUCGCCGGCCUUCAAAGAUCAUGGCAAACCCUUAAAACAACAGUUGGAUCAUCUAGUCUUAGCCGAUAUCAUAUUUGCAGUAACUCGCAAAUGUAGUGCUUCGGAAAAAGAAGUUCGUAAUGCCAUCACCACAAAAUGUGCCGAUGAAAAUAAAAUGAUGAAAUUACAAAUUAACAAACGUACGCCAAUGAGAGAUAUCAAUAAAGAAAAUAUGAUGGGUUAAUGUAAUCACCAGUUACUAUUCUUUGUUAGACAAAGAAUGCAUAAGACUUAAAUGUUAUUUGAUAUUGUAUGUACCUAAGAAUUUUAUGCCCAAAAAAUGGAAAUUUCGUUGUUUUGUAAUAGAACAUAACUUUUUAUACAAAUAAAAUGUUCUAGAUUAAAA